GUGCCAGGGGUCGCCUGGCUCCCUGCGGUGUGAGUGCCUGCCGGGGUGGGCGGGGCCAGGCUGUGCCACGCCCACCACGCCCACUACUUUCCUCCACAACAGUUACGUGAAGCUGGCCCUCUCCUUCACGCCCCUCGGCUACACCACCACCAUCUCCCUCUCAGGUGGUAACACGUGUUGCUGCCGCAGGUUCAGGACGCGGAGGAGAGGAGGUGAACUGGUGGUGAUGACGUCACAACAUGGGCGGGACAUGUGGGCGGUGGAGAUGGUGGGCGGCCGCGUGUGUGUGGUGCUGCGUCUCCACCCGCGACCCACCACCUCCCUCUGUCUCUCCCGGGCCGCCCUCGCUGACGGCCGCUGGCACUCUCUCCUUGCUGCAAGGUACGGCUCAGCGGUCUUCCUGACGGCUGACGACGGCGACGGGGACCUGUACAACGCCUCGGUGGUGCUGGAGGGACGCCAGCUGCUGCAGGUGGACGGCCAGGAGGGCGUUCACGUGGGAGGCACGCCCGAGUAUGCUGGAGUCACUGUGUUCAGCAUACACAGAGACUAUCACAAUGGAUGUAUGGACGACCUGAGGAUCUCCGGGCGGAGGAUACCACUACCGCCAACGGUCAACAGCACAGCCUGGGGUCAGGCCAGCGUGUUCCAGGGCGUCGAGCAAGGGUGUGGGGCUCCUCCUGCCUGUGCCAACGUCUCCUGCAGGCCCCCGCUCUCCUGCGUCGACACCUGGAGGUCCUACCAUUGCGGGUGUGGUGAGGGCCGGGCGCUGAGCAGUAGUGAGGAGACGUGUGAGGACGAGGACGAGUGUGUGUGGCGUCCAUGUCUUAACGGAGGCACCUGCUUCAACACCCAGCCAG